AUGAGAAAAGAAAAAAAUUAAUAAAAGUAAUAGGACUUUAUACUUAGAAUUAAUUAAUUAUUCAUUGGAUUAGCAAAGAAAGCUUUAAAUUUCUACUACCUAAAAAAUUUUUUAAGCAUAAUAAAUUUACCCAAAAAAAAUAAGUCAUCAAAAAAAAAAAAAGACAAAAAAUCAAUAUUGAUUAAUAAUUCUUUGAUAUUUCCCUAAUAUUUCGCGAAAAAGUAGUAAACAUACAAAUAGAAUACUCCUACCAUACAUACAAAAUAUUAAUUAAAAACAAAAAAAAUAUAAAAAAACAAAUAAACAAAUAAACAAACAAAACUCAGACAGACAGACAAACAAAUAGAAUUCAAUUAAUUAAAAAAAAUGGACAAAUUAAAGAGCGAGUAUACAAACUUUAGAGAGAGGAUAUUUUGCUAGGAUAUUGAUGCCUCUAAGAUUAAGCAAUUUAGCGAUAGAAUAAAGCAGCAGCUCACAUCGAAUGAGAGCGAAAGAUAUCCUUUUGAAGUGAUUUCCCUCUUGGAAAGUAUGUACAAUCAUAACAAAUCAAUUAAUACAGGAGCUGCUCCAACUUUGGACACUGUCCAUUUGUUUGAUCUAAACCUUACUUUAAAUUAACUUUAAUCACUGAAAAGAUGCAUUUAAAAGCUUGAAUAUCCUCAACAAAUACUAGAUUCUCUCAACUUUUUGUUUUCAUUUAUGUUUUCAGAUGACAAUAACAAGCUUUUUUUGAUCAACUGCAAAAUAAUUAAUGACAUUCUUGUCAAAUACAAAAAGACUCUUAAGCUAAAGAACGAAGAAUACCAGCUAAGAUCGAUCAAAUAAAUUGAACUUUUGCUUGAAUAUGGCAAAAAAAACAACUCUCCUCUACUAACUCACCAUUUAGAAACUAACGGAAUUAGUAAACUGUUGAAAUAACUAUCAACUAGCUCAGAAGUUUAGACUGAAAUCAAGUAAUAGUGCUCUGAAUUGCUACAAAAGUAUUUCAAUAUUGAAAUUGAUUCAGAAGAUUUCGACAGUGAAGAUCAAAGCAGCAAUAAUAGCUAAGAAAACUAUAGCCAAAAUUGA